UGUUUCCUGGUGGAGCUCCAGAUCUGAUAGGUCUGUACUAGGGACUCUCGGAGCACCAACUCCGCCCUAUCUCGGGCUCCACUUUAUUAAGGAGGCGCACAGAGCGAAAGAGAGAGAGAGAGAGGCAAGGCAGUGUAGUGUGCCCUCUUAGGCUGGCGUGAGGUGCCCUUUAAGGGCUUGGCUCACCUGGUGUCUCUUGCUGCGGCUGCCACAGCCUUCUGUCGGGGUUGGGGGCUUGUGUGCGAUGUUGGACCCGUCCUCCAGCGAAGAGGAGUCGGAUGACUUGGUGGCGGGAGAUCUCUCCAAGGAGCCGUCGCUGGCCGGAGGGAGCGGGGGAGGGGGAGUUGGAGGAGGAGGAGGAGGAGGCGGCGGCGGCAAUGCCAGCGGACUCUCGCUGCCCCCAAGCCGGGGCAGUGACUCGGGCCGCUCCGGCAGCGCUCGCUCGGUCAGCCCCAGCCCGUCGCUGGCCAGCGAGAAGGAGAAGGAGGAGCAGGAGAGGCUCCAGCGGGAGAAGGAGGAAGACGCCAGGAAGAGGAAGGCUCUCCAGCUCUACGUUUUUCUGCUGAGGUGCAUCGCCUACCCCUUCAAUGCCAAGCAGCCCACCGACAUGGCCAGGAGGCAGCAGAAGAUGAACAAGCAACAGCUCCAGACAGUUAAGGAACGGUUUCAGGCUUUCUUGAAUGGUGAAACACAGAUUGUUGCAGAUGAAGCAUUUUGGAAUGCAAUUCAAAGCUAUUAUGAGAUUUUUCUCAGAAGUGAUCGUGUGUCCAGGAUGGUUAACAGUGGAGGGUGCUCGGCAAACGAUUUUCGAGACGUCUUCAAAAAGAAUAUCGAGAAACGGGUUCGCAGUUUGCCAGAAAUCGAUGGGCUUAGCAAGGAGACCGUGCUCAGUUCCUGGAUGGCCAAAUUUGAUGCGAUUUACAGAGGGGAAGAGGAUUUGCGCAGUAAGCCUGCCCGGAUGCCCUUAAGUGCAGUGUCUGAGCUUAUUCUUAGCAAGGAACAAUUGUAUGAAAUGUUCCAGCAGAUCCUUGGGAUUAAGAAAAUUGAACACCAGUUGCUUUAUAAUGCCUGCCAGCUGGACAACGCUGAUGAACAAGCGGCUCAGAUUCGCCGAGAACUGGAUGGGAGGCUGCAAAUGGCUGAGCAGCUGGCGAAGGAGCGAAAAUUCCUGAAGUUUGUACAAAAGGACAUGGAAAACAUGUACAUAGAAGAACUAAAAUCUUCUGUCAACCUGCUCAUGGCUAACCUCGAGAGCCUUCCAGUGGCAAAGGGAGGUCCAGAGUUUAAACUGCAGAAGCUGAAGCGGUCCCAGAAUUCCUCCUUUCUGGAUAUUGGAGAGGAAAAUGAAAUUCAGCUCUCAAAGUCGGAUGUGGUGCUGUCAUUCACAUUAGAGAUUGUUAUCAUGGAAGUUCAAGGGCUGAAAUCGGUGGCCCCGAAUCGCAUUGUGUACUGCACAAUGGAAGUGGAAGGUGGAGAAAAGCUUCAGACUGACCAAGCAGAAGCUUCGAGGCCACAAUGGGGAACACAGGGAGAUUUUACCACCACUCAUCCUCGUCCAGUUGUCAAGAUUAAAUUCUUCACAGAGAGCACAGGAGUUCUUGCCUUGGAAGAUAAAGAACUGGGGAAGGUAAUUCUUUACCCAACUCCCAACAGUCCAAAGGCACCAGAAUUGCACAAGAUGGUUACUCCAAAAAAUAGCCAAGAUUCAGAUCUGAAAAUAAGACUGGCGAUAAGGAUGGAUAAACCUCCAAACAUGAAACACUGUGGGUACCUUUAUGCAUUUGGGCAGAAGGUUUGGAAGAGGUGGAAGAAGCGAUACUUUGUCCUUGUUCAGGUUAGUCAAUACACAUUUGCUAUGUGUAGCUACAGAGAAAAGAAGUCUGAGCCCCAGGAGUUAAUGCAACUGGAAGGAUACACAGUGGACUACACAGAGCCACAGCCAGGCCUAGAUGGUGGUCGGGCAUUCUUUAAUGCAGUUAAAGAAGGUGACACAGUUGUGUAUGCAAGUGACGAUGAGCAGGAUCGAGUGUUAUGGGUUCAAGCUAUGUACAGAGCUACAGGCCAGUCGUACAAACCCGUCCCUCCAUCCCAGGUCCAGAAACUGAACGCUAAGGGAGGAAGUGCACAGCUACCAGAUGUGCCUAUCUCUCAGUUCUAUGCAGACCGAGCUCAGAAGCAUGGAAUGGAUGAGUUCAUCGCUGCUGAUCCCUGCAAAUUUGACCAUUCGGCCCUGUUCGAAAUGCUUCAAAGGAAAACCUUGGAGCACCGACUGAACGAUUCAUAUUCCUGUCUGGGAUGGUUUAGCCCUGGCCAGGUAUUCGUGCUGGAUGAAUACUGUUCUCGCUACGGGGUACGAGGGUGUCAUCGUCAUCUCUGCUAUCUCAAGGAACUGAUUGAGCGUGCAGAAGGAGGCACAAUGGUUGAUCCAACUCUUCUGCAUUACAGCUUUGCUUUCUGUGCCUCUCAUGUUCAUGGCAACAGGCCUGAUGGAAUUGGAACUGUAACAGUUGAAGAGAAGGAAAGAUUUAAUGAGAUUAAAGAAAGACUUCUACACCUUCUUGAGAACCAGAUCACUCACUUCAGGUACUGCUUCCCUUUUGGAAGACCAGAAGGUGCACUCAAAGCUACUCUCUCAUUGCUUGAACGGGUACUGAUGAAAGACAUAGCCACCCCAGUGCCACCUGAAGAUGUCAAGAAAGUGGUGCGGAAGUGUCUGGAGAAAGCUGCCUUGAUCAAUUACUCUCACCUUUCGGAGUAUGCCAAGAUAGAAGCAGCAAAUGGAAAGGAACCAGAAGCAUUAAGCCAAGGAACUCCAGCCAAACGAUUGGACGAUGUGAUUCGACUGGCAGAACUAUGCAUUGAGGUACUUCAGCAAAAUGAAGAGCACCAUUCAGAGGCUUUUGCUUGGUGGCCUGAUCUAAUGGCAGAGCAUGCAGAGAUAUUUUGGUCACUCUUUGCUGUCGACAUGGAUGCAACUUUUGAAGCACAGCCCUCGGACUCUUGGGACACCUUUCCACUUUUUCAACUUCUCAAUAAUUAUUUGAGGAAUGAACCUCAUUUGUGCAAUGGGAAAUAUCACAAACAUUUGCAAGAAUUAUUUGUUCCUUUGGUGGUUCGUUACAUUGACCUGAUGGAGUCAGCGAUUGCUCAAUCCAUUCAUAAAAGCUUCGAACAUGAAACAUGGCAACCUGUGAAGAAUCUCACCAAUAACCUUGUUAGCGUGAGCCUACCAAAGGUCCCAAGUCUGCCUCUUAAUCUUCCACAAAUGCCUAGUUUUUCUCCGUCAUCUUGGAUGGCUUCUUUAUAUGAUUCCACGAAUGGUUCUUCCACAUCUGAGGAUCUCUUUUGGAAGUUGGAUGCUCUACAGAUGUUCGUCUAUGAUCUACACUGGCCAGAGCCUGAAUUUUCCCAACAUUUGGACCAAAGACUCAAACUCAUGGCCAGUGACAUGAUCGAGGCCUGUGUGAAAAGAACAAGGAUUGCAUUUGAAGUCAAGUUACAAAAACUGAACAAGUCAACAGAUUUGCGUGUUUCUUCUUCUGUCUGUACAAUGUUCAAUGUGCUUGUGGAUGCAAAGAAACAAUCGACAAAGCUCUGCAUUUUGGAAGGAGCACAAGAGUUUAGUAAGCAAUGGCAGCAGUAUCACUCAAAGAUUGAUGAUUUGAUUGAAGAAACCUUCAAAGAAAUGAUUUCACUUCUGGUUUCAAAGUUUGUAUUUGUACUGGAAGGUGUAUUAUCCAAAUUGUCAAGAUAUGAUGAAGGAACCUUCUUCUCUUCAAUACUAUCAUUCACUGUGAAAGCUGCUGCGAAGUACGUUGAUGUACCUCAACCUGGAAUGGACCUGGCAGACACCUACAUCACAUUUGUACGGCAGAAUCAGGACAUACUCCGUGACAAGAUCAAUGAGGAAAUGUAUAUAGAAAACUUGUUUGAUCGAUGGUACAGCACCUCAAUGAAAGUCAUCUGUGUCUGGCUCACAGACCGAAUGGACCUACAGCUCCAUCUCUACCAGCUCAAGACACUCAUCAAAAUAGUGAAGAAAUCGUACAGAGACUUUAGACUGCAGGGAGUCCUGGAGGGGACACUGAACUGUAAAACGUAUGAAACCGUUCACACGCGGCUGACGGUGGAAGAAGCCACGGCCUCGGUGUCGGAGAGCGGAGGGCUCCAAGGCAUCACCAUGAAAGACAGCGACGAGGAGACCGAGGAUGUAAAAUAAGAGGGGAAAAGAGGGCUCGUUAUUUUCCAGCCAUUGUUUGUACCAUUUCUUCAGAGGUGAUCAACAUCAUUCAAGUGUAAUGAAGUCGUCCAACUUUAGAACAUAGCCGUAGAGCGGGGGAGGAGUGGGAAGGAAAGGAGAGGCACAGUUGUGUUUGAACUCGGUGCUAAACCGUGCCCAGUAUGUCCCUCUGCUCCCGCACCAGGCAACAGCAGCACCUUGUGAAUCUCUCUCAAGCAUCAUAAGGAACUGUUCGGUCCUGAGGGGGGAGCAAAGGAAGUUGGGAUCUGACUUUUCCAGGCAAAUAAAACAACAAUGGUGUCAGCGGUCCCUAAUGUUUGGAAAAGAUCCCCACAGCCCAGGUAUCAGGAAAACGUGGCAUACGAACCGUGUACCCAUUCUCGGCGAAGAAACUACCAUCAAACACUGCGGUCUCAGUCCUUUGGAAGUGAAGUGUGCGGGGCUAUUUGUUAUCUGUGCUGUUGUGGUCUUAAUUGGUGAGAUAAAACGGCUUGGUAGAAUAAAACAGCCGUGUCAUAUUGAGAUGUCUUUCAUGCCUCAUGUUCUGGGCAUCUUUGUACAUAUAGUAAUGCCUGUAGAAUUCCUGUUCAAUAAUACGUGCGAGCAUCUGUGUGUUUCGAGAUGCCUCUUUCCGCCUUCCCCUAUUCCGCUAGCCUGGCUGCGCCGUACUUCCCGAGUUAUCACAGAUCUGCUGAGCAUCCCAAAGGAUCUGCACCCGCCCGCGGGAGGGUGAUAAAAUGCCCAGAAUGGUGGAGUGUUUAAUCUGAAUCAGCAUUGCGAGGAUGGGUGAAAGUUUUCCCAACAUGUUAGCAAGUCACGAAUGUUUGCAACAUUCCGAAACACUGAACGAUGGCAAAAAUAUAUCUUCAAUAUUCGUUUAUAUUGAGGCUUUAAUUGUAAUAAACUCGUCUGUAUUUCCAA